UCCUGUAGGAAUUCCCUGACGGGGAGAGGGAUAAACGCCAAACCGGUCACAGGAGCGAGAGGACCGGGAGGGUAAACCUAAGUUGCCGGGGAUAACAAGGCCCAAGACCGACUGAGGGACAUUUUCGGUCUUGUGAAUGCAACGUUUAGUUUCCCGGCUACUCCCUCUCCUCUCUGUCACCGUGGUUUGAACCAUCGAACGGUUCGUUAGCUCGGUAGAUCCGCAGCAACAGCCGCCCAGAAAUUGCCUGAGGGAGCUAGCGGGCUAAGUAAACUAGCUGUAAAAAAUAUUUUCAGUGACUCGAGGGAGUCUGUUGGAAGGCAUUAGCUGUCAGCUGGGAGCAAUUACGGAACCUCGACAGUCGGAAAGACACACGUUGGGAAGCCUGUGCCUGUUGGCAGAGACGGGGCCAGGCAAAGCGGACCCCCCAAGCGGCCCGUUUUUCACACCAGCGACAGAAGCCGGGGAGUCGUCUGUAGACAGGGGUUGUGCAUUGGACCUGCGACACCGGAGCAGUAGCGUAGAGUAACGUUAGGGAAACUUGAACCGAGUUCGAUCAUUGAGAGCCGGGAAGUAUCCGGACAGAGACCUCAUGAAUGGAAAUCGGUACUACAGGAGUGGUUGGGGCGCAGUCCCUGUUUUCCGUGCCUCGCCGGCCUGGCUAUGGCACCAUGGGGAAGCCCAUCCGGCUGCUGGCCAACUGCUUUCAGGUGGAGAUCCCCAAGAUGGACGUCUACCUGUACGAAGUGGACAUCAAGCCUGACAAGUGCCCUCGCCGCGUCAACAGGGAGGUGGUUGACUCCAUGGUGGAACACUUCAAGGUCACCAUCUUUGGGGACCGACGGCCAGUCUAUGAUGGGAAGAGGAGCCUUUACACAGCCAACCCACUCCCGGUGGCAUCAGCAGGAGUGGAUCUGGAUGUUACUCUACCAGGAGAGGGAGGAAAGGACCGGCCAUUUAAGGUCACCAUCAAAUUUGUGGCCCCGGUGAGCUGGCACCUGCUGCAUGAGGUUCUAACAGGCCGUGGGGUUCCGGAACCCCUGGAGCUGGACAAGCCCAUCAACACCAACCCUGUGCACGCCGUGGACGUGGUGCUGCGACACCUGCCUUCCAUGACAUACACACCUGUGGGCCGAUCCUUCUUCUCCUCUCCUGAAGGCUACGACCAUCCCCUGGGAGGAGGGAGGGAGGUGUGGUUUGGGUUCCACCAGUCUGUGCGUCCGGCCAUGUGGAAGAUGAUGCUGAAUAUCGAUGUGUCUGCCACAGCGUUCUAUAAGGCCCAGCCGGUGAUCCAGUUCAUGUGUGAGGUCCUGGACAUUCACAACAUCGAUGAGCAACCAAGACCGCUCACCGACUCGCACAGAGUCAAAUUCACCAAAGAGAUCAAAGGCCUGAAGGUGGAGGUGACGCACUGUGGAACCAUGAGGAGGAAGUACCGGGUGUGCAAUGUGACCCGCCGCCCGGCCAGUCACCAAACGUUUCCCCUCCAGCUGGAGAACGGGCAGACGGUAGAGCGCACAGUGGCUCAAUACUUCAGAGAGAAGUACAGCUUGCAGUUGAAGUACCCACAUCUGCCCUGUCUGCAGGUGGGGCAGGAACAGAAGCACACCUACCUGCCUCUGGAGGUCUGCAAUAUAGUAGCAGGCCAGCGCUGCAUAAAGAAGCUGACAGACAACCAAACAUCCACCAUGAUCAAAGCCACCGCGCGCUCUGCCCCAGACAGACAGGAGGAGAUCAGCAGGCUGGUGCGGAGCGCCAACUACGAGGCGGACCCGUUCGUUCAGGAGUUCCAGUUUCGCGUGCGCGACGAGAUGGCAGAGGUUACGGGCCGAGUCCUGCCCGCCCCCAUGCUGCAGUAUGGUGGCCGGGUGAGCUCUGAACACUUUAUGAACCGCACAGUGGCAACGCCGAGCCAUGGCGUGUGGGACAUGAGGGGGAAGCAGUUCCACACAGGAGUGGAGAUCAAGAUGUGGGCCAUCGCCUGCUUCGCCACCCAGAGGCAGUGUAGGGAGGAGAUCCUCAAGAGCUUUACGGACCAGCUGCGUAAGAUCUCCAAGGACGCUGGGAUGCCCAUCCAGGGCCAGCCAUGCUUCUGUAAGUACGCGCAGGGAGCGGACAGUGUGGAGCCCAUGUUCCGACACCUGAAGAACACCUACGCCGGUCUGCAGCUCAUCAUCGUCAUCCUGCCUGGAAAGACUCCCGUCUACGCUGAGGUGAAGCGUGUUGGGGACACCCUCCUGGGCAUGGCCACUCAGUGCGUCCAGGUGAAGAACGUUGUGAAGACGUCCCCCCAGACCCUGUCCAACCUCUGUCUCAAGAUCAACGUCAAGCUGGGCGGCAUCAACAACAUCCUGGUCCCUCACCAGCGGCCCACAGUUUUUCAGCAGCCAGUGAUUUUCCUCGGAGCUGAUGUCACACACCCUCCAGCAGGGGAUGGCAAGAAGCCGUCUAUCGCCGCAGUGGUGGGCAGUAUGGACGCCCACCCUAGCCGUUACUGUGCGACGGUGCGUGUGCAGCGUCCCCGGCAGGAGGUCAUCCAGGACCUGUCCUCCAUGGUGCGCGAGCUGCUCAUCCAGUUCUACAAGUCCACGCGCUACAAGCCCACCCGCAUCAUCUACUACCGCGACGGCGUCUCAGAGGGACAGUUCCGACAGGUGCUGUACUACGAGCUGCUGGCCAUCCGGGAGGCGUGCAUCAGCCUGGAGAAGGAGUACCAGCCGGGCAUCACCUACAUCGUGGUGCAGAAGCGCCACCACACACGCCUCUUCUGCGCCGACCGCAACGAGAGGGUGGGCCGGAGUGGCAACAUUCCUGCUGGUACCACCGUGGACACGGACAUCACCCACCCCUACGAGUUUGAUUUUUACCUUUGCAGCCAUGCCGGAAUACAGGGUACCAGUCGGCCGUCCCACUACCACGUGCUGUGGGACGACAACUGCUUCACAGCCGACGAGUUCCAGCUGCUCACCUACCAGCUGUGCCACACCUACGUGCGCUGCACCCGCUCCGUCUCCAUCCCCGCGCCAGCCUACUACGCCCACCUGGUGGCCUUCCGUGCCCGCUACCACCUGGUGGACAAGGAGCACGACAGUGCGGAGGGCAGCCAUGUUUCAGGCCAGAGUAACGGUCGAGACCCGUCUGCUCUGGCCAAAGCCGUGCAGAUCCAUCACGACACGCUGCGGACCAUGUACUUUGCCUGAGAGCCCCUCGCCACCUCUGACCUUCGACCUACGACCUCACCUCCUGUGUCUCCCAUCAGUCUCCUGUCGCCGAGUAGCACCAGGUGACACACCCCCCCCCCCCCAAACAAAGGUGACCAAUCACAGGGCGCCAAACUGAUGACAACGCACAGCGCAACCCAGCAGCGAUUGUUUUGGCUCUGAAGGGGAGAGCUCUGCACUGUUUAUGCAAUAGAGAAACAGCCAAUUCCCCACCCUCCUCCCCUGUCCCUUCUCCUCUGCUCUCUGUGAGGUCGUCUGCAAACGCCUGACCACCUGUCUGUCAGUCUGUCUGUCCUCCUUCCAGUCAGUCUGAGUGCUGAGUCUGGAUGGCAUGCCUGUUUGUUUGUUUUUGUUUGUUUGAAUGUUUUGUUUGUUUUGCUUGUAGAAAGACACAGAAGGAGUACCCCGGGGGUUUUGCUUUAGCUGUGAGGCCAGAGGGCCGAUCUGUUCCGGAAUCACAACCCUUCUUCACACUCUGACCCUCACCUGACCACGCGCCUGGCCUGUCAUUGGCUGGGUGAAGUGGGUUGGGUGUCAGUUUUACAUUAACGUUACAUUAACAGCAGAGCUUGGUUGUCACAGAUAAUCUUCAACUUUGCAUCUUGUAGGUAACAAAAAAAAAAAAAACCUAAACAAACAGAAACAAAAUAUUCAUGGCAUUCAUAAAUGUGUGGGAACUGUGGCCUUUGGCUGUUAGUUUUUAUUUUUAAUUUUUCGAUGUUGAGUUGAUGGCAUGUGUGACUGUGAGCUGGACAUUUGAGGUGUGUGAGCCGCAUGUGAGCCAUAUGAGAGCCGGACAUUUGAAGUGUGUGAGCCGCGUGUGAGCCGCGUGUGAGCCGUAUGAGAGCCGUAUGAGAGCCGGACAUUUGAGGUGUGCGAGCCGUGUGUGAGCCGUGCCUGUUCUGUCCUGUUGGGUCAGUGUACUGCUUGGAGUCUGUAUCCUGUUAUGCUGUAACCUAUAUGCCCUCCUCUCACCCUUGUCCAACAUUACUCUCUCACACACACUCACACAAAGCUUGGCUUCCCUGAGGGUUGUUCUCAAGAAACUUCAGGUUUGUGUUGCUCAGUGUGUGUGUGUGUGUGUGUGUGUGUGUGUGUGUGUGUGUGUGUGUUCAGACAGAUGGUCUCCAUGACGAGACACCAGUCCUUUUUCAGUCAUUUGCUGAGGUAAUUCACGCCUGGCUGCCACUCAGUAACUGAAACGGUUUUCACUACAAUGAGAUUACUGGGGGGGGGAUUUUUAUCUUGCAGCUCAUCCUCACUCUGCUCUACUUUAACAGCUCAUCCGUCUGUCUGUCGGCUUGACCCGACUAGGUCUGUAGUAAAGAUUCAUGUUUGUGUCCUCCAGCUGUGAACCCAACCAAAACAAAGCCUCACCUCACAGCCCUCCUUUAGUGCAAUAAGCCACCAGGCCUUGGCCUCCCGGGGCCAAUUCCGAUUGGUUCACACAGGCGACCAGGGUUAAGAAUGGCUUCACCUGAUUGGCUUAUGCAAUGCUGUCGUAUUGAAGCAGUGGUAUCUCCAAAGGGAAAUUGACUGUUUGUUGCGAUGUAUCCCCCACCCCACCCCAAAACCCACCCCUUAGUUGGGUGGAGAGGACGUCUGUAUGUCAAGAUGAAUGUGUUUGAGUUGGCCUGUCCUGGUUUGAGAUGAGUUGAAGCCGAGUUACGUGUAGUACCCAAGGAAUAGAAGACCAAGUGCCUGUCAACAGGAGCGGGGGGACGAAUAGAGUAUAUACAGUAUAUGAGAUGACAUCUUUGUAGCUAUAUUUAUUUAUAUAUUGAGGCCAGAAGAGAACGAUGACUCGUACCUAGACGUAUAUACGUGAUCAAAGAGCACUAUGAACAUACGUUUUUGUUUAGUUUUUGGGGGGGGGGGGGUCUGAGCAGGAUAAGAGAGAAGAAAGAAAUGGCUGGAUGAUAUUAAGUUUUAUUUUUAUGAAAUGAAUUUCUAAGGAAAACUAAAGUGUAUCAUGGAGUAAGCUUGGAUAAGCUGAAGGCAUUGUGGGCCUUGAGGAUGGUUGAUCUUGUAUCCAGGCCUUCUCACAUUCUUACAUAAGGGGCUCGUCCUUGCACUGUUUAGAGCACACCUUCAUAUUUCAGAGGUGGCUUUGGCAUUUAUAAUGUCAUGUUUUUUCAAAUGGGCAUUGUCUCACUCACUCACUCACUCACUCUCUCUCUCUCUCUCUCUCUCUCUCUCUCUCUCUCUCUCUCUCUCUCUCUCUCUCUCUCUCUCUCUCUCUCUUUCUCACAGUCUCUUUCCCCCCCUCUCUCUGCCUCUGCUUAGCUUUCCCUGUGCAGACUACAACCAAAUGCCUCUGUCAGUUCAGUGGUGUUCUGCUGGGACCAAACCAUUGUGCCUCUCGUAGGGGGGUGGGGGGAGAUGAGCGUGUUACAGGUUCAACACUCCGGCCAUGUCACCUGUGUGUG